AUGCCUUUCGCGCAGCUAGUAAUAGGCCCCCCCGGCUCUGGCAAAUCCACCUACUGCGAUGGCAUGCAGCAAUUCAUGUCCGCCAUCGGCCGCAAAUGCUCAGUUGUCAACCUAGACCCUGCCAACGACAAGACCUCGUACACCCCCGCGUUUGACGUGCGCGAGCUGGUAACACUGGAGGAAAUUAUGGCAGAAGAUACGCUGGGCCCAAAUGGAGGGGUUUUAUAUGCACUUGAGGAAAUAGAGGCAAAUUUCGAUUGGUUGAAAGAGGGUUUGGAGCGGUUAGGAGAUGACUAUGUCCUGUUCGAUUGCCCAGGCCAGGUCGAGAUCUUCACACACCACUCUUCGCUGCGAAAUAUCUUCUUCCGGAUCCAAAAGCUUGGGUACAGACUCGUCGUAAUCCACCUCAUAGACUCCUACAACCUCACCCUCCCCUCAAUGUACAUCUCUGCCCUCCUCCUCUCCCUCCGCGCCAUGCUCCAAAUGGACCUCCCCCACAUCAACGUCCUCACAAAAAUAGACAACCUCUCCAACUACCCACCCUUACCCUUCAAUUUAGACUUCUACACAGAAGUCCAAGACCUAUCCUAUCUCCUCCCACACUUAAAGGAGGAAUCCCCCCGACUAAUGAACUCGAAAUUUGACGCGUUGAACCAGGCCAUUGUCGAGCUUGUGCAAGAUUUCGGGCUGGUAGGUUUUGAGACACUAGCUGUAGAGGAUAAGAAGAGUAUGAUGAAUUUGUUACAUGUUAUUGAUCGGGCGGGUGGUUAUGCCUUUGGUUCGGCGGAAGGGGCAAAUGAUACGGUCUGGCAGGUGGCGGUUAGAGAGGGGUUGGGUGUGAUGGAUAUAAGAGAUGUGCAGGAGAGAUGGCUUGAUAGAAAGGUUGAAUGGGAUGAGAAGGAGAGGAAGGAAUGGGAGGAAGCGAAGGUGCGGGAAGAAGCAGGGAAGAAUGCGCCUGGUGCUUCUGGUGGAGGAGGAGGGGAUGACAUCGAUAUGGAUGAUUUCGAUAUGACUGUUCCACAUAGUGGAUAA